CUCAACACGCUGGACGACGAGAUCACCACUCGGCCGCAGCCGCUGCAUGUCCAGCACCUCCACGACAUCCGCUCUGUGCUCGACGAGUUUGCCGGCGCGCUCAUCCCGCUCAACAACGACAUGGCCGCCUUCGACCGCUCCGACUCGGACGUCUCGCUGUUCUUUAGCUCCGACCUCACGCAGCUGCGACGCAGCCGGGACGACCUCCAGUAUGUUGUUGAUGACAUCCAGCGCAUGGCGCGCAAGGCCGAGUCGCUGGUCGAGCUGUACCGCUUCUGCAAGGAAUCGCACCAGGAGCAAGUGCUGCGCACGCUGACGAUCGUGACAACCAUAUUCAUCCCCGGCCAGUUCAUGUCAGGGGUCUGGGGCAUGAACUUCGAAAACAUGCCCGAGCUGCAGCUGAAGUACGGCUACUACUUGUUUUGGGCGAUCUUCGUCACCAUGGGGUCGGUUGUCCUUCUCUACUUUUGGAGCCAGGGCUGGUUCUCGCACGAGGCGCGAGGUGCAUACCGCUACCUGAAGUUGAGGAGUGACUAG